UAUAAUAGAGAGAACCAUAGAACAACUGUGUGUGUGUAAAAUCUUCCAAAAAACUCCAUUAAAUCUUCCAAACCCACUUCAGAUCUACCCUAUUCUCCCUUCUUAACCCAUUAAUUCAUCAAAAUUCAUCACUUUUCAAUCCCAAAAAUCCAAAAAAAAUUAAAAAAAUUGUAUUUUUGACUCAUUUCUAUCAAUUUUUUCUUCAUUUUUGUGUUUUACAGUGAAAAAUACGAUUUGGGUAUUUUUUAUUUUAUUGAAAUUGGUGGUUUUUUUUAGCUUAUGGUGAUUUUCCGGUAGAGUAGCCGGAGCUCCGGUGACCGGAAAGGGUGAGCUCCGGUGAGAAUUUGUGAAUUGGGUUUUGUAAUAAAUGAGUUGAAGUGAGGGUAAAAGUGGAAAAAAGAAAAUGUUUAAGUCAGCUAGAUGGAGGAGUGAGAAGAACAAGAUCAAAGUUGUAUUAAAGUUACAGUUUCAUGCAACUCAGGUAGCGGGAGAUGCGUUGAUGAUAUCUGUUGUCCCUGCUGAUGUGGGUAAGCCAACGUUAAAAUUAGAGAAGGCACCGGUUCGUGAUGGGAGCUGUUACUGGGAGAAAGCAGUUCUUGAAACCGUAACGUUCAUUCAAGAACCAAAGUCGGGGAAGAUUCACGAAAAAAUCUAUUACUUCAUCCUAGGAACUGGGUCAUCAAAGUCCGGAUUCGUUGGAGAAGCUUCGAUUGAUUUCUCGAAUUAUGCAGAGGCGUCUAAGAUCUCCUCCGUUUCUCUUCCACUCAAAAAUUCAAAAUCGGGAGCUUUAUUACACGUUUCGAUACAGAGGAUUCAAGAUUCUUCUGAUCAAAGCAUUGAAGAAAUCGAAAAUGCAAAACCAAGUUCCGAUGAUAUGACCUUGAGGACGCAGCUAAGCUAUGACGAUGUAGACGCUAGCGUUACAAGCAAUUCUGCGGAGGACGAUCUGAUCAACAAACCAAUUUUGCGCAAUGGUGAACUUAAUAGCAACCGCGGGGCAUCAGGUGAAUCUGAUAUUACCACGUCCAGUUCUGGGAGCAGCACAGGGCUUGGUAUGCCUCGGCAAUUCAUUACGAACACCAACAGUGACCAUCAGGAUGACAUAAACUUCCCGUCCUCUCCUAAUCACUCUUUGGUUCCUCGGAACCCCAGCAUUGAUGCCUCUACAACAAUUUCCGAAGAAAUUCAGCAAUUAGAAUGGUUGGGGGGUUCCGCUCUUGAAGCAAGUACAGAUGGCUCUUCGGGUACUCCAAGAGAAACUCUUCGUAGAUUAGCAUCACAAGAAGCGUCAGAUAUUGUUGUCGCGAAGCUAAAAUCUGAGCUCGCCGGUUUUGCUAGGCAGGUAGAAGUGUCGGACUUGGAACUUCAAUCCUUGCGUAAACAAAUUGUCAAGGAGUGCAAAAGAGGUCAGGAUCUCUCGAAAGAGGUUGCUAGCCUGAGAAAAGAACGAGACGCUCUCAAGGAAGAAUGUGAUAAACUUAAAGCCUCCCAAAGACGUUUAAACGAGGCGAAAUCAAAAGACAAGUUGCUACAUGAAAGAGGGGAUCUUCAAACUCUUGUCGGUGAACUACGGCAAGAAUUGGCUUAUCAAAAGGACCUUAAUGCAAAUCUGGAAGUACAACUUCAGAAGACGCAAGAGUCGAAUUCCGAGUUAAUUCUUGCUGUGCGCGAUUUGGACGAAAUGUUAGAGCAGAAGAACAAAGAAAACGUUAGCCUUUCCAACAAAUCAACGACAUCUUGUGAUGCUGAAAAGUUUCCGGAUGUUAUCUCCAAGCAUGAAAUGACGACUGAUGAAGAUGACGAAGAGCAAAAAGCACUAGAGCAGCUCGUGAGAGAGCAUAGUGACGUCAAGGACAUGUAUAUGCUGGAGCAAAAGAUCACGAACCUGCACGGUGAAAUCGAGAUAUACAGGAGAGAAAGAGAUGAGUUAGAGAUGCAGAUGGAGCAACUCGUCCUCGACAAUGAGAUACUGAAGCAAGAAAACCAUGAUAUGUUGUACAAACUCGAGCAAAGCGAGAUUCAGGAGCAACUGAAGCUGCAAUAUGAAUGUGCAACUUCUUAUGCAACUGUAAGCGAACUUGAAGGCCGGAUUACGAGUUUGGAGAAUGAACUGGCGAAGCAAGCAAAAGAACUCUCCGAUUCUUUGGUUACCAUAAUCGAGCUCGAAGCUCAAGUCAGUAGCCUAGAUGAAGAACUGGAAAAGCAAACACAGGUAUUUGAAGCUGAUCUGGAUACUCUUUCUCGUGAUAAAGUCCAACAAGAGCAGAGAGCAAUACGAGCUGAAGAAGAACUGAGGAAGACAAGACGGCACAAUGCUAGUACAGCGGAGCUGCUUCAGGAGGAACUUAAAAGUCUCUCUACGCAAAUGACCUGCUCAUUAGAAGCGAGCGAAAAGUUGGCUACUAAAGCGUUACUUGAAGCUAAUGAGCUACGUCUACAGAAAACUCAUUUGGAAGAGACUCUUCGAAAAUCAUCUGAGGAGCUCUGGUCAAUCAGAGUGCAUUAUGAAGAAAAGAUGCUCGAGCUUUCUAGCCAGGUAGCUACUUUGACAGGUCAAAUGGAAAGGUUGCAGUCGGAAAUUGAAGGAAAAUCCGAGCAACUAGAAAAACAAGAAGAGCUGGCUAAAGAAACUGAGCAGCACUUGUCGCAGAAAAUCAUCUCUCUUGAAGUCGAGAUUAAAAAUCUAUUAUCGGACAAGAAUAUCCUCUCUCAGCAUGCUGAACAGAAGAAUAUGCUAAUGGAUGAGUUGGAGAAUACGAGGAAAUCAAUUGAGAACAUGCAAUUGCUUGUCGAGCAAGGUCAUUUUGAAAAAAAAGAACUGGAAACUAGGUUGGCUUUAGCGGAAAAAGAAGCUAUGGAUAAUCUGAAGGAACUAAACGCCACGAGGUCUCUUAUCGAUGAUAAGGAGACAUUAAUUUUAGAACUGCAUUUGGAAGUGGAUAUCCUUAUAUCUGAAUGUAAUGAAAUGAAGAACUCUUUGUUUGAAGACGAAUUGGAGAAAGAAAAUUUGAGAAAGCAAGUGUUCCGAUUAGAAGAUGAUCUGAAGAAGAAAGAGGAUGCAUUGAAUAGUUUUGACGAAAAGCUCACGGAAGCUAAUAGUCAUCUAAUAGAGAGAAUAAAGUUGCUUGAGGGUCAGAUCAAGCUGAAGGAAAAUGCACUUGAUAAUGCAAUGAAAUCGUUUGUGGAGAAGGAGAAAGGUCUUCAAGACAAAAUCGAAGAGUUAGAAAGAAGAUUGGAAGAAUUCCGACAGAACAUAGAAAGGCUCCGCGAACAAAACUCCCAUAAGGUGGCUACGGAAGAGCUAAAUCUUGCGACUACAAUGUGCUCGGAAGAUGAAAGUCCCUGUCAAACAGUGUCGACAGAGAGCAACAACAGCUGUUGUUCGGACGAGGACAUACAAAGCACGACAUCCAAUGCUAUAAAUCUCGAAGAACUAUCACACGAAACGGAGCUACUGAGGGAGAAGAACAAGUUAAUGGAAGUUGAAUUGAAAGAAAUGCAAGGUAGAUAUUCCGAAAUAAGCCUCAAAUUUGCAGAAGUAGAAGGCGAAAGACAGAAGCUCGCGAUGAAACUGAGGAACAUUAAGAGCGCGAAAAAAGAACUCAUAAAAUCGAUACAAGUAUAGGCAAUGAAUUUAUAAUUUUUUUUAAUUUUUUUUUUGCAUAUUCUUCUAUAUUUAUUUUGUUCUUGCACAAAGUCAGUUAAGGUACAAAAUAUUAUGAAUAGUUUUAGUAUAUAGUUCACAACUCCUUGAGAAAUAAGAUGUGUAAGUAAUGAAUGAUGGUAUUUUAUAUUUAUGAAGAGAUUCUUUCACAA